CUACAGAAAACAAAUCAACUCCACCGCAUAUAACCUGAAUACCUCACCAUUGCAUACCGGACCUUUGGGGCACUGACACAGCCUGCACGGCCCCAACCAAGGAUUCUGUAUAUUCCUUGGCCCCAACAAAUCCCCAAGAAGAAGCGUGUAUGUUAUUCCCGUGUUAUAGGUGGCAGGCAAAAUGACAACGUUUUCAUUAUUCUACACUACGCUGGAUUUACUCUACCAGCUUAAUCUGUGCAAGUUUAUGUUUGUAUUUUACACUGUGGUGAUAAGCUUGGGUGGAUGUGUGGUGAACUUCCUGAGCGGGGUGGUGGCGGCCCCGCCCCUCCUGCUGCAGGCCUUCAAGUUUGGUAAAAUGGCCCACACCACCCAGGUGAGCAGACUUUUGGCCGCGCUGGAAGUACCCCGCAGAUGGUUUUCUCAUUUUUAUGUCUCGGCAUCCCUAGUGGUAACAGUUGCACUUUGCUUGAUGUGGUCUGUGUGUGUGUCAGAAGCCAGUCUCCCUCCGUGGGCUGCCACCACUCUGGAUGUGCUCACCACACCACACAGGACACCAGCAGUUAAUGCCACUAGUGCAGCUGUGGCACUGUGCUUGCUGGCCCUCCAGAUAUAUCGCAGACUGUAUGAGAACCUGUUUGUGAGUGUAUUCAGUUCAGGCCACAUGAAUAUCUUACACUAUAUUGUUGGUCACACCUUCUACCUUGGGGCAGUGACGCUCCUCCUCUCACAGGCUCCAGGCUUUACCACUCCAGAGUCACACAUUGUGUUUUCUGGUAUUGAGAUUCAGCAUGUUAUUGGGACUGUGAUUUUCCUGUUUGGCUUUGUGGUGCAGCACUGGAGCCUCUGUCUGCUGGCUGGCUUGAGGAAGAACAGAGGAAAAAAUCUGCAAGAGAAGUACUUGAUGCCAGAGGGAGGCCUGUUUGAGGUAGUGUCAUGCCCUCAUAUGCUGGCUGAGGUAUUGCUUUAUAUAGGGCUGCUGGUUAUCCUUGGUCUGGGCAAUGACUGGCUCUGGGUCACACUCUGGGUCCUCUCAAAUCAGGUCCAGGUGGCAUUGAUGAAUCACAAGUGGUACCAGGACACCUUCAAGAAUUACCCAAAGCACCGCCAUGCCAUCUUCCCCUUCGUGUUGUAAAGACGCAAGCAGUGCCUGCCUGCUGCCCACCAUUGACUGAUGUACCUGUUAGUUUGAGUUCUCAGCUGGUUUUACUUCUGAUAUGUUUUGUCUUUGGUGAAGCUGUGAUAACACACUAUGUUGGUCUCAGUCAUUGUGCCUUAUGUCUUCUGUCUUGGCUCUAUUCCUCUGCUGUUGCUGCUCAUUGAUGUUUUGGUCAAGCAGUGUAACAAAAGAACAGUUGAUGUUGGUCUCGUUCAGUCAUUUGACGUAUCAUAUUUUUUGUUCUGCACCUCAUUUCUUCUGUGUUGCUUUUUUCCUGUUAUUUCUUGUCACAUUCUGUACACAAUGUGUGUGGGUUUUUUUAAGUUGUGUUUAUUUUUAUUUGCUUCACCACUGCACUCCUACCUUCCUUAACAAUACUUGACUCUCAUGGUGCUAUAUGCUCUCAAGUACAGUGUUUAGUAAUGAAAUAGAAAAACUCUUAUGGGCUCAUAUUUCCAUGAUCACUUAACCUUUGGGCAUUGAAAAGUUCAAGGUCCACUGCCUUCUUUAAUCUAGGUGAUAGUAUGAAAGGAUAGUUUUUCCCUUCUGAGAUCUCAAGUGGAUGUAUGUCCUGUUUGUGGAGGCUUGGAUGAUUGACCUGUAUAUUGUAGUAUAUCUCUGAAGUUUAGAUGGUCUGCUCACACUCAUGAUGGAAAAGAUAUUACCUUUAGUAAUAAAAGUCUUUACAGAAUUACUCUGUGCCUUGGUGCUUCCUCAUGCACUUGUUAUCAAAGGCAGGAUUGUUGGUAGUGUGUGGAUGACUUGGUCAGUUACGAAUCACUAAGAAUGGAUAGCUUCCAGUGAGCCUGGGAUUCAAGUGCUCAGUCAUCUCAAGUUUGUUGUAGCAUUGAGUCUGUCAGUACCUUAUCAUAUACAUAAUGGGGAGCAUUUGAAAAAUAGAUAAAUAAGUAAAAAAUGAAUAAAAUAAAAUAUAAAUUUAGUUUGUGUAUGUUAUAUAUAUAUAUAUAUAUAUAUAUAUAUAUAUAUAUAUAUAUAUAUAUAUAUAUAUAUAUAUAUAUAUAUAUAUAUAGGGGAAAUACACAGUAAUUAAAACCUUGAAAUAUUUGUGAAGAUUACCUUAUCAUUCCAUGUGGAUCUUGACAUUAUUUUGUGCAGAUGCAGUAUAUACUCUGUGCUGACUUUUGAGGUGUUGUUGCUAUGAUGACUGGAUAUUUUGGUUCUGCCAGUAUUCAUGAGAAGCCUUCAGUAUGUCAUGUUGCAUCUUACUACUGUACGACAAUGAUAGAAAGAAGAACCUGCAAGAUUUAACAAAUACACCAUAUAGUUUUUUAUUGAAUCUAUGUAUACAUGUAAAGAAUCAUAAGAUUUUAUGAAAAAAACUGUUUCAGUGAGUGAAUUAGUAGUAUAUGUACAUGAUGGUUAGUCUGUCAAAAGGGGUCAUCCAACAAAGCUUUACAGUAAAGUCUAUGGAGGUGAUAACUGAGUCAUUCACUAAUAGUGAUUUAAAAGUUUUGAUCAUGAGCACAGAUAGUUCAUGACCUCUAAAAUCAAUGAAUAGGUCAAUUUGUAAUAUUAAAGUGCAUUAUUCUGUGUCUUUUAAACAAUGUGCUGUGUUCUUGUAAGUACAUAUUGUAAGUAUGACAUACAUACCAAGACAUUAGAAUUAAGGGACCAGAUAUUGGAAUAUUGUCUCAGGGUAUUACAUUCCACUGAAAAUGUAAUUUGAUAUUAUAUAAUAUACUAAAAUAUUACA